CUGCCUCCAGCAGUCAUCGGUGGACUCUGACACACUCUUCUCCUCUCACACACACACUUAGACACACACUUACACUUACGCUUACACACACACACACGCACACACACUCACACACACACACACACACACACACACUCAUACACAGAGUCACUCAGUCUCUUGAGAGCUAUGCACGGGGACUUCAUGGCUUUUUCAGGCUUAAAAUGAAAAAGAAAAAAAGUUGCGUCUCGUCAUCGAAACGUCGCUGAAUUUUUUAUUAUUUUUUUCCUUCUGUUGUCGAGUUUUGAAAUCUGAGAUUCUGCAACUGCACUUCAUUCGGUCGGGGGACACCAAAAAAAAAAUCAGACGAGUGGAAGAAGGAAGAGGAAGGAAAAGAGGGAUAAAAGUGCAAGGAUUCAUCCAGAACUGCAGUCUAUGGAAAUGCAGGAUCUAGCCAGUCCGCACAGCCGAGUCAGUGGUAGCAGCGAAUCUCCGAACGGCCCAAACCUCGAUAACUCGCACAUUAACAACAAUUCCAUGACACCAAAUGGCACUGAAGGUGAUAACAUCACUAUGCUUACGACAGCCGACUGGUUAUUAAGUUCUAAUUCACAAUCCACUGCAGUUAAAACAGAGCCAAUGAGCAGCAGUGACAUCACCACGUCUGUAGCAGACGGCUCGCUAGACAGCUUCUCAGGAUCAGCGAUUGGAAGCAGUGGCUUCAGCCCAAGACAAACUCACCAGUUCUCUCCACAGAUCUAUCCUUCCAACAGACCUUAUCCGCAUAUUCUUCCCACUCCUUCUUCACAAAACAUGGCGGCGUACGGACAGACGCAGUACAGCACAGGAAUGCAGCAGGCCUAUGCCACUUAUCCUCAACCUGGCCAACCUUAUGGCAUCCCGGCUUACGGAAUCAAGACGGAAAGUCAGGCUCAGUCUCCUGGACAGAGCAGCUUCCUCAGUUACAGCUCCAGCUUCUCAACACCCCAGACGGGACAAGCGCCCUACAGCUACCAAAUGCAAGGAGGCAGUUUUACAACGACAUCAGGCCUGUACCCAGGAAGCAAUUCCCUCACAAACUCGACUGGAUUUAACAACACACAACAGGAUUACCCAUCCUACCCUGCGUUUGGUCAGGGUCAGUACACGCAGUAUUACAACAGCAGCCCAUACACGUUGCCCUACAUGACCAGCAACAACACGAGUCCUACUACGCCGUCCACCACGGCCACCUAUACGCUGCAGGAGCCGCCGUCCGCCGUCACCAGCCAGGCUCUGACCGAACAACCAGCAGGAGAGUACAGUACAAUCCACAGUCCAUCAACCCCCAUUAAAGAUUCAGAUUCGGAUCGAUUGCGUCGAGCCUCGGAUGGAAAGUCACGUGGCAGAGGAAGAAGGAACAAUAAUCCGUCUCCACCGCCGGACUCUGACCUUGAGCGCGUGUUCAUUUGGGAUUUGGACGAAACGAUUAUCGUUUUCCAUUCCUUGCUCACGGGGUCUUACGCCAACAGAUACGGACGGGAUCCACCGACGUCUGUUUCGUUGGGACUGCGAAUGGAGGAGAUGAUCUUCAAUUUAGCAGACACACAUUUAUUCUUCAAUGACUUAGAAGAGUGUGAUCAAGUCCACAUUGACGACGUUUCCUCUGACGACAACGGCCAGGAUCUGAGCACGUAUAACUUCAGUACAGACGGCUUCCACGCCGCCGCCACCAGUGCCAACCUGUGUUUGGCGACCGGUGUGAGAGGAGGAGUAGACUGGAUGAGAAAGCUGGCCUUCCGCUACAGACGAGUAAAAGAAAUUUACACCACCUACAAAAACAACGUCGGAGGACUGCUGGGUCCAGCCAAAAGGGAGGCCUGGCUGCAACUGCGAGCAGAAAUUGAAGCUUUGACAGAUUCCUGGUUAACACUGGCACUGAAAGCACUAACAUUAAUCCACUCAAGGUCAAAUUGCGUGAACAUCUUAGUGACCACGACGCAGCUCAUCCCUGCCCUUGCGAAAGUGCUGCUCUACGGACUGGGAAUAGUCUUUCCAAUCGAGAAUAUUUAUAGCGCUACGAAAAUAGGCAAAGAGAGCUGCUUCGAGCGAGUAAUUCAGAGAUUCGGGAGGAAAGUUGUUUACGUGGUGGUGGGAGACGGAGUAGAAGAGGAGCAGAGCUCCAAAAAGCACAACAUGCCCUUCUGGAGGAUCUCCAGUCAUUCGGACCUCAUGGCUCUUCAUCACGCGCUGGAUUUGGAGUAUUUGUAGCACUGUGACAUCCUCACCUCUCCAUUUCUACUUUCAGCACGGACCGACAACAGAACGUUAACACACUUAACGAUGGGAAAAACACCCCUUAACACACAGGUUAGAAGCGCAAAUCGGCCCCGCGCCUCGUCUUAACCCUAAACCUCGGGCCUCGGUGGAGCGGUCGAACGGAGGAUCGCGAAUUUUUUACGACGCUGCAGCUGCGGGUUACUGUGAAUUGACUCGGCUUGUUUCUGAAAAAGCCGUCCGAAUGUUUUAUGGAUUUUUUUUUUCUUCUUCUGCGAGGGUUCACACCUGUGAGGAAACCAGAGCUAUCGACGUCGCUUUUGGCUCUUAGCGAGACUCCGAUCCCACUGAGAUUUCAGCGUGAUUUCCCUUCUUCUCAUUUCUCGGGUUCGCUUGAAACCACUGCGCCGGAUGUCCUACGCUUCUAAUUUAUAAUCAGAGACUUUGUCGAGCGCCGCCGCCUCUGCCGCUGCCGCUGCCCUGCGAGACACUUGUUGCCUUUUUUUGUUUUAGUGUCGCCAUUUCUCACCAUGCAAAGUACUUUGAUUCCAAGAAGACGUUUCUGGAGGAAGAAGAAAACGGAUUUUCUAAUAAUUUAAGGAAAAGAGGAAAAAAAAAACAACAAGAACUUUAUCUGCAUUUGCUCAGACAAUCAAACGUGUACAGAAUACGGUGGUUUUUGUGUGUGUGUAUAUUUUUAAUCACUGGACUAUUCCUUCCUGUUUUGCUUUUAGUUCAUGCUGUUCAGUGCUUUUAUUUUUUAUUUUUUUUCGCGUGGAAGUACACUAAGGCAGGAGUGCACAGAAACAAAACAAAAAAAACAACAACAACGUGUGCAGGGGCCUAAACGUGUUGCUUAAUGGUUUAAAGUGUAGAUUUUGAACGAUUUCUUGAGAAUUUUUCGUCAUGACCAAAAGCAUGGAUGUCAAGUGUCAAUGAUUUCGUAUUUUGUUUACGGAUUUAUUGAUGAUCUUAUUUCACUUUUCCUCCCUUGCUAGUCAAAGCUUCUGUAUUUAUUUACAGAACCUCGGUAGCAUUUUGUUAAAAAAUUUAAAACAAACAAAAAAAAAAACUAAAUGUAUUUAUGGGAUUAAACUAAAGUAAUAAUCGAACCGAAUGUCAAGUUUAAGAGUCGAGCGUCUGUCCGCUCACCACUGACACCUUUCUGUUUAACGUUUUAAAAGAAAAGCAGAUAGACCUCAAACUCCACAAUAUUUCACGGUUUUGUUAUCUUUUGUACUGGCACUAAAAGCAGAAACUCUUGUACAUUAUGUGUAAUUUUUGUAUGAAGUAGUCUUUUUCAUUUUCAUUUUUUUGUUUUUGGAAACGUCGCUGUAGAAAUUCUUCAUAGUGCUUAGAUAAAUGAGACUGUGGACUUGGGAAAAAGCUCUAAGGACUGUAUGAAAGCCACUACACACACACACACACACACACACACGCACACACAGACGCAAAAAGGGGGUCGAGAACACGCACGCGCUACCGACUGUGAAUUUCCUCAGCAGGAAUUGAAUCUGUGUGAGUUUCUGACCGGCUUUCUGCUCCGUCGUCAGUGUUGCUUCAUUCCUGCAGGUGAAGUGUUCUACUGCCCCUUUCUACCCCAAUCUCCAACCUUACCCCUGUUCCCAAUCUAAUAUAUGCUUCUCUACCCCAUAAUACCCAAAUUUAACCCUUAUAUAAAAUUUAUUCUACCCCCUCCCUGUCGAAAUUCUACCCCUGACUUAACCCCGCCCCCUUUACUUCCUCUUCUCUGUCCAGCAUCAAAUCUGCCCACUCACAAUGCCCCUUCCUUCUUCCCGUCCCCCAGGGUAACACAUAUUGCUGCUAGUUCAUGGUCAUUUUAGAUGGGAGAUGUUUUAUACACUAAGCUUUUUUUUUUUUUAAUAAUAAUAAUAAUAAUAAUAAUAAUAAUAAUAAAUAUUGCAAUCAUAAUGCAAACUGGAAAAACAUUGACGUGGGCCUCGUCGUGAACACACAAACAUUUGUUGUGUCUGAAAAAAAAAAGAUAUGUACAGAUGUUUUUUUUUUUUUUUGACAUUAUUAUUUGAUUGUGUUUAAAUUAAUAAAAACAUUGAUUUGUGAACUGGUACACACACA